CAUAUUUCUUAUGCACCAUGUACGACCUUCACCCGUAAGGAAAUUCUGCUGAAACCUAAAAUGUUUGACAAAACUCUACUUUUAGUUGGAAGUUUAUCUAGUAUAUUUGCAGCUACUAUUUAUAUAGUUUGGGGCCCAUCAAACAAAACAAAUAAGAAAGGUCUCUGCAGAGGCUUAGAAAACCUUGGUAACACAUGUUUCAUGAAUGUUGUUGUACAAGCCUGGGCAGCCACACCAUCUGUUGUAUCCUGGUUGAAUGAAUUUGUCUUGAAGAAUACAGGAAAUGCUCAUAGACAGUGCUUAGCAAGGCCAUUACUGCGGACACUAAACGUAUUGAACAAUAAAGAAGAAGACUGUGGUGAUGUGCACUCUCCGGCAGAUAUCAUAGGGGCUCUUAGGUCAAGGAGAUGGGUUAUAUCCCAUGACCAACAGGAUGCACAUGAAUUGUUUAAUGUUUUUACUUCAACACUUGAUGAGGAGAGCACAAAGUUCCCAAGGAUAUUGCCUCUGUUUGACCUUCCUGCACUAGAGAGUUCCAGCUUGAGGUACCAGCCGUCGAACAUAGCAUUAACAAAGACAAAAGGUCUGUUACCAGUGUUGCCAUGCCGUGAGUUGGACAAUCCAUUUCGUAUGUUGUUUGCCAGCCAGCUAGAAUGUGUUGACUGUAAAUACCGGCACCCAGUGAGAUAUGAUCUCAGUGACAGUCUCUCACUCAGUUUUCCUAAAACUGCUUGGAGUGCUAUUAAGUUAGAAGUUUUAUUACAACGUUUCAUCACAUCAGAAAUAGUGCAAGAUGUGGAUUGUCCAGGAUGUAAAAAGAUGCAGGUACAGAAGUUGAGAAACAUGGAACAGGAAGGAAGUUGGGGUAGUGUGCCUAUGAUUGACGAGAACCCCAAAUCCUCUUGCCUUAAAAGACUCACUAUUGGAAAGUUGCCCCAGUGUUUAUGUUUACAUAUGCAACGGACCCAGUGGUUGGACAGUGGUAUCCCACUCAAAAAAUACGAACAUGUGAUAUUUCCUGAAGUCUUGCAUAUGGAUGAUUAUGUCUACACCAAGUGUGAAAAAUCAGGCAGAAAUGGUCUACUUGGUGGAAAAGCUUUGUUUGGGAAUACUGUUAUACCAUUGCCAUCUCAGCCACCAGUGUUGUCACCUACGUCUGGUCAUAUAACUCUUUUACGUGCUUUGAAUUAUGAUUCACGUAUCUCAGCACAUGGUCUGUUUCUCCAACCUUCUUCCCCAGCAUCUAGUCAGAACGCUUCAAGUCAACAUGGCAGUGUUCAGUCGGACAUUAAUCACAACAGUCCAAAAUCACAAGAUUACACUUACAAAUUGACAGCUGUUAUAACCCACCUUGGUGAUGUGUUUUCUGGACAUUUUGUAACUUACAGAAGAAGCCCAGCAACAAAAUCUGGAAACAAAUACAGCUGUAAAUGGCUUUGUACAUCAGAUCAUGCAGUAAAGGAAGUGACACUUGAUGAAGUUUUAUCAACAGAGGCAUACAUGUUGUUUUAUGAAAGACUUUGAUGUUUUUGUACUGUGGAACCUAUUCCAGCAUAAAACUUUUCCUUGUAUAAUGUAGGUGUGUUUUUCAGUGGGGAGUGCGGUGAAUCUGUCAGUCAGUCAGUCUGGAUUUAUGGUCCUUUACGUAAUGAAGAAUAUACAUAAAGUGCUUAAAAGUUUGUGUUGCAUAUAUCUUGAAAAAAUAUUACACCUAGAGUCAUGCAACCAUGCAGGAAUAUUAUCCAGAAUGUAAAUUUUUGCAUUGUUGCUGUCUGUACGUCCGUAUGUUCCAAAAUCUUGUGUGUCCAAUUCCUUCCACACUAUUAGCUGAAUUUGCUUCAAACUUUUACAGAUGAAAAAGCUAGAUGUACAAAUGACCAUAAAGGAAGACAUUUUUUCUGUUACCAUUUUUAAUUGGCUAAUCGGGGUUAUAGGAAUGGUUUCCGUCAGUCCGUCCAUCCAUUGUGUCUGCUCCAUAUAACUUAAACCCCUUGAAGGAUUUUCAUGAAAAAUGUUCACCUCAUCAAGACGAUGUGCAGAACUUCUGAGUCAGUCAUGUCGACUCAAGGUCAAGGCCACAACUCCAAGUCAAAGGUCUUCCAUUUUGUAUCCUCUCUCUGUAUCUCCUAAACCUCUUGAAGGAUUUUCAUGAAACUUGGGUCACAUGAUCAUCUCAUCAAGACGAUGUGCAGAACUCAUGUGACAGCCAUGUUGGCUCAAGGACAAGGUCACAACUCCAGAUCAAAGGUUUGAUCCUUCCAUUUUGUGUCCAUUCUGUAUCUCCUAAACUUUUUUGAAGGAUUUUAAUAUGACUUGGCUGUAAUAUUCCCCUAAUCAACACGAUCAGACCUGUUUACACCUUAUGGAUUGUCCGUAUUUACUACAAUUUUGCCGCAGAAACUACGCACUAUGGAUUUAUAGUGAAAUUCCUAUGGAAAUCAGUCAUUUGCAGUAAAAAGUUUUUUGUUGUUGACUCCUUUCCUUUAUUUGGAACACAUUCCAUUCUUUAGUUUAUCUGUGUUACAUAAACAUUCAUUCUUACUGUAGUAUUCAAGCGUCGACAUCACUGUUGCAAAGAAUGGUUUCUCCGUUGAUGAAAACACUGCAUAACAGCAGGUAAUGACGAAUACUUACAAAUAUUUUGCGUAGUUUCAAUAACCUUUUUAUACUCCUAGAGAGAGCGUGUUAUGGGCUCACCAGCAGCGGGUGGACGACUUCUGCUCCCUAACUUGAGCAAUUCUUAUCCGAUCCUUUUAAUACUUGGCUAUAAUAACAUAAAAACGGUGUAUUUUGUGACAGUUGGCGCUCUUGUUUGGUCUGAUGAUGUCCAGCUCAGAAACUCAAUUGUCAGUGCUGAAUAUGGAAAGUUUCUUGUUUACAAGAAGUGGGUGGGGUACGGCAACAUUGCAUUCAGAUACAACAUGGCAUACAGAUACUUGACUUUUGGGGUUUUUAUCAAUAUAAAAUUUCAAGUCACUGUGCCUUGAGCAAAUUAGUCAAAAAUGUGCAUAGAAAUAACAAAUAAGACUUCGUCAGUAUUCACCUUAAACUUUGAUCUAAAUGGUUAACAGAUACCAACAUUCAACUUCACCCCAUUGGUUACAUUUUCUUUUGAAGCGUAAAUAACCAAGGAAAACCAAAUAAAUCACAAGGAUUCGAAUUUGUAGAAAAAAGAUUAACGAUUAAACAAAAUAUUGUUAAAUUAUGUUGUGAAAAAAAAAAAAACUAUUUUUAGAGUGAUAAUUAACCCUUAGGGUAUUUAUGUUUUCGACACUUUUGGUAGCCGUUAUGAGAUACAAGGGACGUUUUCACAAACAGUUUCUUUUACGUAAUAUCGGUUAAUUGAUUAUUAAACGAUCAGGUCCAUGCUGAUUAUCAUUACAUCUCCUUAAAUAACAAAAUAAACAGGUGUAUAUCAUUAUUUGUAUUUUUUUCUGCUGAAUUUCAAAUAUAAUUCAUUCAAUUUCAAGGGUAAGAUUCACAUAUUAAUCUGUUAUCAACAGGUUAUUAUACAAUAAACUAAUCGGCAUGGAACAGUGUAUUCAUUUGGAGCUCCUCAGUUAUUUAGGUUUUGAAAGAAACGGUAAACAAUCGGGUGAACUUUGGUAUCUGUAAAGCACUUAGGUACAUGUUUUAAGUGAACACAGGUUAAGUCUUUCAUUUUCAACAGAAUUUAAGAUGUAAAUAAACCUAAAUCUCUAGAAAAAGGAGGUCCGUACCCCUAGAAAACCCCUAACAGGCUUGUCUAUAGGUACAGAUCCGUACCCCCUAGACACUUCCUAUAUUUUUAUUAUUAUCAAUGUUUUGUUGUUUAAUCAAUCUUUGUUGUGUAAAACACUGGUCGACUGUAAGUUACUACUGACAGAUACCAAAAACUACUGAUGAUAAAACUUUGUCAGACUACUGACAGGCCAGCAUUUUUAGCUCACCUGUCACAAAGUGACAAGGUGAGCUUUUGUGAUCGUGUGGCGUCCGUCGUCCAUCCGUGCGUCCGUCCGUCCGUGCGUGCGUAAACUUUUGCUUGUGACCACUCUAGAGGUCACAUUUUUCAUGGAAUCUUUAUGAAAGUUGGUCAGAAUGUUCAUCUUGAUGAUAUCUAGGUCAAGUUCGAAACUGGGUCAUAUGCAGUCAAAAACUAGGUCAGUAGGUCUAAAAAUAGAAAAACCUUGUGACCUCUCUAGAGGCCAUAUUUUACAUGAGAUCUUAAAGAAAAUUGGUCAGAAUGUUUACCUUGAUGAUAUCUAGGUCAAGUUCGAAACUGGGUCACAUGGGGUCAAAAACUAGGUCAGUAGAUCUAAAAAUAGAAAAACCUUGUGACCUCUCUAGAGGCCAUAUUUCUCAAUGGAUCUUCAUGAAAAUUGGUGAGAAUGUUCACCUUGAUGAUAUCUAGAUCAAGUUCGAAAGUGGGUCAAAUGAGGUCAAAAACUAGGUCAGUAGGUCUAAAAAUAGAAAAACCUUGUGACCUCUCUAGAGGCCAUAUUUCUCAAUGGAUCUUCAUGAAAAUUGGUCAGAAUGUUCACCUUGAUGAUAUCUAGGUUAAGUUUGAAACUGGGUCACGUGCAGUCAAAAACUAGGUCAGUAGGUCUGAAAAUAGAAAAACUUUGUGACCUCUCUAGAGGCCAUAUUUUUCAUGGGAUCUUUAUAAAAAUUGGUGAGAAUGUUCACCUUGAUGACAUCUAGGUCUAGAUCGAAACUGGGUCACGUGCGGUCAAUAACUAGGUCAGUAGAUCUAAAAAAAGAAAAACCUUGUGACCUCUCUAGAGGCCAUAUUUUUCAAGAGAUCUUCAUGAAAAUUGAUCAGAAUGUUCAUCUUGAUGAUAUCUAGGUCAGGUUCGAAACUGGGUCAGGUGCGGUUAAAAACUAGGUCAGUAGGUCUAAAAAUAGAAAAACCUUGUGACGUCUCUAGAGGCCAUAUUUCUCAAUGGAUCUUCAUGAACAUUGGUGAGAGUGUUCAGCUUGAUGACAUCUAGGUCAAGUUCGUAACUGGGUCAUGUGCGGUCAAAAACUAUGUCAGUAGGUCGAAAAAUAGAAAAACCUUGUGACCUCUCUAGAGGCCAUAUUUUUCAUGAGAUAUUUCAUGAAAAUUGGUGAGAAUGUUUAUCUUGAUGAUAACUAGGUCAAGUUCAAAAGUAGGUCACGUGCCUUCAAAAACUAGGUCAUUAGGUCAAAUAAUAGAAAAACCUUGUGACCUCUUUAGAGGUCAUAUUUUUCAAUGAAUCUUCAUGAAAAUUGGUCAGAAUUUUUUAUCUUGAUGGUAUCUAGGUCACAUGUGCUCAAAAACUAGGUCACUAUGUCAAAUAAUAGAAAUAACGAUGUCAUACUAAGUUCAACACUGGGUCAUGUGGGGAUAGGUGAGCGAUUCAGGACCAUCAUGGUCUUCUUGUUUAUUUUCUGGUUUACGGGAGAUUUUUAAAAAAAAUUGGGGGUGGGGGACAAAUAAAAACCAUAAUUUUGAGCAGUCGACCAAAUAAUUAAAAAUGAAACGUCCAAAAGGAAGGAAUACACAUUUUGUAUAAUUUGUAUUAGAUAAUAUCUCAGUAUAUUGUUGUUUUCUUUAUGUGUAGCUUGUAUGUAUGAUGCCAUUUUUGUUUAAUAAAAGAGACUCAGCAUGUCAGGUGUAGACUUACAAAGUCACAAAUGCUAUGUAUAA